AAAACUGAUAAGAAAACACAAAACAAAAGGAGGAAACUAGAAGACAAGGCUGCUACUCCUCCUUUAUCGAGAGCGAAUCAACUCGAACCGCGGAUCAUCUUUAUCGUUAGAUUUUUGCGGGCCUUGAGAAUCACAUCAGUUUCUAGGGAUGGGAUGGAAAAAGCAUUCCAAUCACUAUUUGAUUUGUUCGUUUUUCCUAUACUAUCUACCAAACUUAAUGGCAUGAAUGAACAUAAUAGGGAUAUUAUGAUAUAUGCUGCACUUAGCUUACAUCAUUGCUUGGUAGAUAUAUCAACUUUAUAUUGGGAAAAAGCAGUUACGCCGGAAUUUAUUUCAGUUCUGGACAAAAUUUCAUCAAUUGACCCAAAAAAUAAAGUUCGACUUCAAUAUGUGUACCGUUCAACGCCCACAAUUAAACUUCAACAUACAACAAGUAACGAACCAAAAAAUGAUACUAAUAUAAUUCAUAAAUAUAUAUCUACUAUUCUUUCUACUCUCGACUAUCCUAAAAGUGCUGAAAUCUCGUGGACAGGGUAUUUGGUUGAUAUGACUAAAGAAAACUUUGCAAUCUCGAAUUCUAUGCUUAUUAUUAGAGAGUGGUUGGAUGUUGUAGUUAAUAAUUGCCAAAAACAAGAGCUUGAAUCAAUAAUGAGGUUUAUAGUCAAAGGAUUUGUUACAUAUUCUAUGGGCAUAAACAAUGAAGAAAUAUCUAUGGAAAGUAUAUUCAUUCAGAUUUUGCAUUCUGCGGAAUUUUUUGAGUUAAAAUCUUUGAGAGAUAUUUUUCUAAAAGUUUAUUUAGAAGAAUUAUCAUCAAUUUUCAAAAAAGUAUGUGAUGAAAAUAUGAUAGAAUCUGACGAUGAUAGCAAAGAGAUAGGCAUGAUUAUUGAAAUUGCAUCAAAGUGGCAUCAACAGGCCUCACCAGUAAUACUGGAUUCUAUAUUUCCCUGUUUUUCAUCAUCAUCAUCAGACAAACAGUCAUGGUCCAAUAAUUUUUUAACGGAUGAAAGCAUUCAAAAAAUACAUCGUCUUGUUACACUACUCCAUUUAUUUCCCUCAGAAUAUUUUGAUAGAUGGGAAGUUAAUUGCCUAUCUGCAUUAAUAUUGCUCAUAGAUAAAGUGAUACUUAUGUCACAAAGUCAACAAAGUAAUCCAAAUUUUUUGAAAAGUGCUAUUCUUUGUAGAGGUUUAAUACGUAAAUUUUUUCUUUCAACAACUAAACAAGAUGAUUUACUGUGGAAAAAUCAAUCAUAUAUUAUGUGGUGGAUAUCAUCUAUAUAUACCUGUAAAUAUCACAUAAAAACAAUCAGUGAACCUCAACAAGAAGGUAUAGAUAUUGUACACGAGCAAUUUAUCAAUUUGGUGCAGAUAACCAAUGAAACUAUAAUAAUUAUUUCAAGAUAUCGAGAAAAUGAAAAUUUUAAAAUCGUUGAUUACUUGAACAUUAUUAUUUUCGCAUAUUCUGUCCACUUGGAUCAUUCCUUUGACCAAAAAUAUCUGGUCUUAAUGACAAGUGGCAUUUGGAAAUUUGUUUCUGACUUUUUAAAACUUGGGAUAGAAUUUUCUGAAUCUCGCAGAUCUAUCCAUGAAGCGCGCGAUCAAGGAAUACAUGAGGCGUUUGGAACACUACAACAAAAAGUUGAAAAGAGUUCAUUAAAAUUCAUUACAUUUUAUUUAGAUGAAUCAUUGCAACAGCUUCAAAAAGCCGAUAAUUUUAUGGGAAUUCAAGUUGUCUUAAGACAAAUCACUUAUUUAGAAGAAGUGCUAAAAGCAUAUUUGAUGUCGUUAAAAUAUUAUAAUUUGAACUCUAUUCAACAACAAAGUAAUGAGUUCGCAUGCUUGAGUCAUUGUCAUGUAAUUG